AUGGAACCUGACCGGUCGGAUUCAUUUUACUUAGCUGACUCCGUUUCUCACGGCAAGGCUCUUCCUCCUCCCGCUGGGAACACCCCAGGCGAGUCCCUGUAUCACCCGCUUCUUCCGGCGGGAUUUCCGAGAGAGUGCCUCUCUCACCACACGGCUCCUCCUCCCCUUGCUCACAGCGAGGCUCCUUUUACUGCUCUUGGGGAAUCUGCAAGGGAGGCAGAGAGACCAGCAUCACCGGCCACUGCGACUGUUGCUGCGUUUCCAGGCCAAGGGGACGAGGGAGAGGAUUUUCCAGCAGAGUAUCUCUCUCACCACACUGCUCCUCCUCCCCUUGCUCACAGCAACACUCCUCCUCCUCCUCUCAGGGAAUCCGCAGGGAAGGCAGAGAGACCAGCACCACCGGCCACUGCGACUGUUGCUGCGUUUCCAGGCGAAGGGGAGGACAGAGAGGAUUUUUCAGCAGAGUAUCUUUCACACCGCACUGCUCCUCCUCCCCUUGCUCACGACAAGGCGCCUUCUCCUCAUCUUGGGGAAUCUACAAGGGAGGCAGAGAGACCAGCAUCACCAGCCGCUGCGACUGUUGCUGCCUUUCCAGGCCAAGGGGAGGACAGAGAGGAUUUUCCAGAAAAGUGCCUCUCUCACCACACGGCUCCUCCUCCCCUUGCUCACAGCGAGGCUCCUUUUACUGCUCUUGGGGAAUCUGCAAGGGAGGCAGAGAGACCAGCAUCACCGGCCACUGCGACUGUUGCUGCGUUUCCAGGCCAAGGGGACAAGGGAGAGGAGUUCUUGGAGGUUGAAGAAUAUGAAGAAAUAGAGAAGACUGAAGGGCGCCCACACACCAAAGACCAAUCACAGUUACGGUUACAGUUGCGAUUUAAAAGACACCCUUCCCUGGAAACAUCUGCUUGGGGGGAGGAUUCGGGCGGAGGGGGGGAACCAGAGGAAAUGAAACGGAAGAGAGAUGGGAAGGAUGCCAGGGGAGUUUUUGGUGCGGGUGGGGAAGCAGAGAGAGGAGUGGGGGGAGUGAUGGAAAAGGGAGGCGAGGAGGAAUCGAGAAGGAAAAGGCAUGAACGGUGUUUGGACACUGGGUCAGCGGCAACAGCAGCACCACCAACACCCCAGGUCAGGCCUAGCCAAGGCCCUCCGCGAGAUGAGGUGGGCUUGACGGAGUUUCGUCAGGCCCCGUUGCGAGAUGACAACAAGCAAGACCAGAUGGUUCCUCCAUCCCAGAUUCUUGCCACCCAGCAAGUUACAGACUCUCAGCAGGCCCCACCUCCAGAGAACUACAAGGAAAACCAGAUGUUUUCCCCCCAGGGUAUUUUUGAAGAUAGGUUUCAGCGCUCCCAGCACAUACUACUUGCUCACAGUUUCGAGGAGCAUUGGGGUACCGAUGGGGCAAGGCGCGGACCGGGAGGGGGAGGAGGAGCGGGAGGGAUGGAAAGUCGCCUGGCCCUACCUCAAGAGGAGUACGAGGAACUCCAGUCGUAUCCCCCUCAGGGGUUUCAGCACUCCCCGCAGAUGCCUCCUCACAGAUUUCAGGAGCGUUGGGAUGCAGAAGGAGCAAGGGGCGGAGGAGGAGGAUGGAGGGAGGUGUGGGAUGAGUUUUGGGGAGCCGUUGGAAGAAACUUAGGGUGUGUUUUUGGGUUCCCUGGUGAAACUCACCCGGCGAGGGAGCAGCAGGAUUACACAAGGUUUGGAGGGGGAGGGAGCAGCAGGGGUGAUGCAGCAGCUGGUGGUGGUGCUGCUGCUGCUGCUGCUGCUGCUGGUACAGCCACAGCUCCUCGGAUCGACCUGUCCUUUCCCCCAUACACCAUGCACCAGUCUCAGGCGAAUCUUUUCUUUGACACGGCUGCAUUUGCAGUCCCGCCUCUUUCCGCCCAUGUCACUGCAAGCAGCGCUCACACGCCCUCUGCUCGUGCGUCUGGUUACCGCCAAGUGCUGGUGGUGCAUCGGGGGGAUAUCACGAGGUGGUGUGUGGACGGCGCGACCGAUGCCAUUGUGAGUGACUGUAACCAGGUGAGAUAG